CGGUGAAAGUGGCAAAUACGAGCACUCAGGCAGCGACGCGAGACGAACGCGGGCGCGCGUGCUCGUGGAGCCCGACGUGGCGGAAGAAACGAAAACACAUAUUGCGCGCUAUUUGUCAUACGAGACAGUUUUAUUUGUGCUAAAAACACAGAACGAUGACAGUAGAGUGAAGAACCGAUGAAAUGUUUAGCAAGUGGACAUAAUAUUGCAUAUUGUAGCCAAUGUGUCUUAUAUUGUAUAUUUGGAGAAUAUUCUGUGCGAACCGAUCGGUCGUCCCUGUGAGGAAUAUGUGUGAGUGCCGCGGAAGACUAGGUAGAUAGAUUGAAUGGAAUGGCGAGCCAUGCGGAGGCGAGCGUGGAGCCAACGAGUUUGGAGUACAUGGAGGAUCCGUACUUCCUGCCCCCGGAUGACGAUUCCACUCCGAGCUUCGACGUGGCCGUCGACGAACUGGACGAGCUGGAGGACAUCGUGAACUGGCCGCAGGAUGACACCGAGGCCGAGUGGCGCGCGCUGCCCGACCUCGCCGAGUCCGCCCUUUGUAUUGAAACUGAAUUUUACAUGGACAAUCGCCGGCGGCGUUUGCGGAUAUUUAGGAAAAAAAUGCGUGAAGUUCGGGUCACAUUUCAAGAUUUAUCGAAGCCUUAUCUUGCCAGAAUGUCUAGCCACACGAAUUACAAAAAGUUCCUCGGUAUUACUCCUGGAGCUGAAGAGGCGAUGGGGCCCGCGGGCGCCGGCGACGCGAACACGCCGGACGAGCUGGCGGGGCUGACGCCCGAGCAGGCCGAGCAGCUGCGCGCCGAGUGGAGCCGCGAGCUUGCCAGGGUCGAGGACGAAAUCGCCACGCUUCGCACGGUUUUGCAGAGCAAAAUACGUCAAAGCUCCGAAUUAAAACGGAAACUUGGCAUCACAGUGUGGAAGGAGAUCACUGAAGACGUCAACCAGGGUUUGAAAAACGUCAAAGAGAGCCAAGUUUAUCAAACGAUAGAAACUCGCGUGGCUGCGCUUACACAAGCUGUGACUGAAUCACCCAUAUACCAAAAAACUGAAUCUGUGAUAAAAUCGACUGCCGAGAAGACGACGUCGAUCUUCGGCGGCAUCACGGCCGGCGUGUCCAGCAAGCUGGGCCAGAUGCGCAACUCGGAGUCCUUCCGCUCCAUCGAGGAGCGCGUCGGCACCGCUUAUGAAAACGUUAAGGGUAAAGUGGCAUCCCGGUCCAAUUCAACUCAGAGCUUCGACGAGGCGCUCCGCGAUGCCAGCCGCUCCGCCAGCGGCGCCACCUCGCCCACCAUCCCCGAGAACAAGCCGCUGCCCUAGUGACUCACGUCACACACCACACGCACUCUCGCGCCCUCACCGCACCAUGCCGCGCCCCACGUGAUAGGGACAAUUUCAUACUUUUUUUUCUACCAUAAAGUACCAUUUUUUUUAUAUGAUGGCUGCUUCAAUCCUGCUACCAUCUAACCUGUGGGCAACCAAGUAAUAUUAAAUUAGCUUAAGUUAAGUUCUAAAUCUAAUUUACAGUCCAAUGACUGUCCUUAGUUAAUUCUAUUAGGUACUUAAAAUUCACUGUUUUUGUGACCUAGUAUUUCAUACAUGACAAUUUUUAGGGGUUUUUUCAAUGGCAUCCAUAAUGAUCUUAUCUAAGAUUCAUAGAGUUCAUUUCGACUUUGCUCAGACUUAACAAACUGUUAAAACGAGACAGCGUUAUUCGCUGGCAUAAAUCUUGUCUCGUUUUAAUUGAAAAUUAAGUCAAAGUACGUUCUAUAGACCUCAGCCGAGAGGCCUUCUCGAACAUAACGCGUACUUAGCGUGCGUCAAGACUACGCGUCGCAUACUAGCGCCAUGCUAUAGCAUUGUACUAUUCAAGUUUGAACUCUGUCACAGAGUGCGAUGCUAGAAGUACGCAACUCUCUAACGCUACGUUAAAAUGCUGUAUUGAAAAAAAUACAGAGUUGUUAUUGUACGCUAGGCGUUAUUGCGUAAAUUAUUCAUAAUGAUGCUGUUUGACGUCCAAAAUACGCGACGUUACUACGCCACGUUAUUUGACGCAACUUUUUUUAUCAAAGGUCAAAACGUGG